AUGGCGUCCCGCGGGGGCUUCCUGGGCCACCUGCUCUGGCUCGUGAUCCUCCAGCCCCUGCUCGGAUGCGGCCACAGGCCUAUGCGGGUAGUUGGUGGAGUGCCGGUCCCCAGAAGGAAGUGGCCCUGGCAGGCGAGCCUGCAGAUGGAGGGUAAACAUGUAUGCGGGGGAUCCCUCAUCGCCAGUCAGUGGGUGAUGACGGCUGCCCACUGCAUAACUGGCCACAAGAAAUACACAGUGAGGCUGGGAGGCAAAUCGUUAUAUCCUAAUUCCACAACGACUCUCGUGGUUCCAGUUGAGGACAUUGUUUGUCACCGCUCUUUUGAUGCUACUACUUUGAGACAUGACAUCGCCCUUGUUCUGCUGGCCUUUGCUGUGAAUUACUCCUCCUACAUCCAGCCUGUGUGCCUCCCUGAGAAGGCUUUCCAAGCAGAAACUGGGACAGAGUGCUGGGUGACUGGCUGGGGCCACCUGGCAGAAGGUUUAGCACCGAUGCCACUUCCUCUUCAGGAGACUGAACAACACAUUCUUCACCAAAAGAAAUGCAACCGGAUGCUGCGGUCACAGUUAGGGAGGCUUCACAGCAUAGUGAAAAAAGGGAUGAUCUGUGCCUAUCAAGAUGAGAGCAAGGGUCUCUGUAAGGUGUCACCCCUCGGGCCUCAUGGCCGCCUCGCUGCCGUUCGGCCACCGUGCUGGGCCUGGAGCCUCGGGGGCCCGGGGUCUGAGCCGCCGCCUCCUUCUGCUGCUGCUGCUGCCGCCGCUGCUGCACUCGGGUGA